AUGCCGAAGCUAUCCUUUGCAGUGGCAGAGGACGAGGCGACACUUCUGACCGUCAUGACCCGUGGCCUUGCCACUGAUGUCGAGGUCCCAAUGGGCAAAGACCUUGGCUACGCGAAAAACAGAGCAAUCGAUAAGCUUUGGCAGAACAUCCCUUUCUGCCAUGCUGUUGCGGCGUUGUCGGGCCUCCGCAUUUUUGACACCGAGUCCGGCGAGGAGCUGCAAGAAGGAGAGGCUGUGAAGGACGGUAUGAAGCUACUUCUGGCGCUGGAGCAGCCCACUGAAGGGGGGGCGUCCGCGGCAGCUUCUGCCUUCGCAUCGGUUGUUUCUGCUGUCGGCCGGCAUAAGUUGGGCCUUGACAAUGCCACGCCGGGCCGCGAGGAGCUUGCGAAGCUGUCCUUGAAGGAGCUUAAAGCGCGACUAGCGGAAGCUGGGCUUUCUGCAGAAGGAUGUCUGGAGAAGAGUGAUCUGGUGGACCGCCUCUUGGGAGCCCGUGGGUGA